AUGGAGGAUACUGCACUGACUCUUGACACGAUAGAUGUUUCUUACCUGCCAAGUUCAUCAGAAUACAGUGUUGGCCCUUGUAAGCAUGCAAGUGAGGAAUGGGGUGAGUAUGGUUUCAGACCUACUGUCUUCAGAUCUGCAACCUUAAAAUGGAAAGAAAGCCUGUUGAGCCGGAAAAGGCCGUUUGUGGGAAGAUGUUGUUAUUCCUGUACACCCCAGAGCUGGGAUAAGUUUUUCAACCCAAGUAUCCCAUCUUUGGGUUUGCGGAAUGUCAUCUAUAUCAAUGAAACUCACACCAGGCACCGAGGAUGGCUGGCAAGACGUCUUUCUUACGUGCUUUUUGUUCAAGAGCGAGACGUCCACAAAGGCAUGUUUGCCACCAAUGUGGCAGAAAACGUACUGAACAGCAGUCGGGUGCAAGAUGCCAUUGCAGAAGUGGCUGCUGAAUUAAACCCUGAGGGCUCUGCUCAGCAACAAUCCAAAGCCAUCAGUAAAGUGAGGAAGAGAGCCAAAAGGAUCCUUGAAGAAAUGGUCGCCACUGUCUCACCAGCAAUGAUCAGACUGACUGGAUGGGUGCUGCUAAAACUGUUCAACAGCUUCUUUUGGAACAUUCAAAUUCACAAGGGUCAACUUGAGAUGGUUAAAGCUGCAACCGAGACGAAUUUGCCGCUUAUAUUUCUACCGGUUCAUAGAUCCCACAUUGACUAUCUGCUGCUCACCUUCGUUCUCUUCUGUCACAACAUCAAAGCACCAUACAUUGCUUCGGGCAAUAACCUCAACAUCCCCAUCUUUAGUACCUUGAUCCAUAAGCUUGGGGGCUUUUUCAUACGACGGAGGUUGGAUGAAACACCAGAUGGACGGAAGGAUGUUCUCUAUAGAGCUCUGCUCCACGGGCACAUCGUGGAACUACUUCGGCAGCAGCAGUUCUUGGAGAUCUUUCUGGAAGGCACACGCUCCAGGAGUGGGAAAACCUCCUGCGCUCGGGCAGGACUCUUGUCAGUGGUGGUAGAUACUCUGUCCACCAAUACCAUCCCCGACAUCUUGAUAAUACCCGUCGGCAUCUCCUACGAUCGUAUCAUCGAAGGCCACUACAAUGGUGAACAGCUGGGAAAACCUAAGAAGAAUGAGAGCCUUUGGAGUGUGGCCAGAGGCGUCAUCAGAAUGUUACGGAAAAACUAUGGGUGUGUCAGAGUGGAUUUUGCACAGCCAUUUUCCUUAAAGGAAUAUUUAGAAAGCCAGAGUCAGAAACCUGUGUCUGCCCCUCUUUCUCUGGAACAAGCCUUGCUCCCAGCUAUACUUCCUUCAAGACCCAAUGAUGCUGCUGCUGAAGGUGCUGAGCCAUCCCCUGACGAGUCCAGCAAUGAGACGGAGGAGUCGUUCCGGAGGAGGCUGAUCGCUAAUCUGGCUGAGCACAUCCUCUUCACUGCUAGCAAAUCCUGUGCCAUUAUGUCAACACACAUCGUGGCCUGCCUGCUGCUCUACAGACACAGGCAGGGAAUCGAUCUCUCCACCUUGGUGGAGGACUUCUUUGUGAUGAAGGAGGAAGUGCUGGCCCGUGAUUUUGACCUGGGGUUCUCGGGAAAUUCCGAAGAUGUGGUCGUACAUGCCAUACAGCUGUUGGGAAAUUGCGUCACAAUCUCGCACACCAGCAGGAACGAUGAGUUUUUUAUUACUCCCAGCACAACUGUCCCAUCAGUCUUUGAACUCAACUUCUACAGCAACGGUGUCCUGCACGUCUUUAUCAUGGAGGCCAUCAUAGCCUGCAGCCUCUACGCAGUCCUGAACAAGAAGGGUGUGGGCGCGCCUGCCGCUGGGGCCCCCACCCUUAUCAGCCAGGAGCAGCUGGUGCGGAAGGCGGCUAGCCUGUGCUACCUGCUGUCUAACGAGGGCACCAUCUCUCAACCCUGCCAGACAUUUUACCAAGUCUGCCAUGAAACAGUGGGCAGGUUCAUCCAGUAUGGCAUUCUCACGGUCGCAGAGCAAGAUGACCAGGAAGAUGUCAGCCCCGGUCUUGCUGAGCAGCAGUGGGACAAGAAGCUUCCCGAACCUUUGUCCUGGAGAAGUGAUGAAGAAGACGAAGACAGUGAUUUUGGCGAGGAGCAGCGAGACUGCUACCUGAAGGUGAGCCAAUCCAAGGAGCACCAGCAGUUCAUCACCUUCCUGCAGAGGCUGCUGGGCCCGCUGCUGGAGGCCUACAGCUCCGCUGCCAUGUUCGUCCACAACUUCAGCGGGCCCGUCCCCGAGCCGGAGUACCUGCAGAGGCUGCACAAAUACCUCAUAACCAGGACAGAAAAAAAUGUUGCCGCCUAUGCUGAGAGUGCCACAUACUGUCUCGUGAAGAAUGCUGUGAAAAUGUUUAAGGAUAUUGGGGUUUUCAAAGAGACCAAACAAAAGAGAGUGUCUAUUUUGGAACUCAGCAGCACUUUCCUACCUCAGUGCAACCGGCAGAAACUCCUGGAAUAUCUCCUGAGCUUUGUGGUGCUGUAG